UGCGCGGCGGCCAUGGCGCGGGUGCUGGUGGUGGGCGCGGGGCUGACGGGCGCGGCGGGCGCGGCGCUGCUGCGCGGGGCCCCGCGGGGACAAGUGGCCGUCUGGGACAAGGCGCGGGGCUCAGGGGGCCGCAUGAGCACGACCCGCACCGACCGCGGCAGCGCUGACCUGGGCGCGCAGUUCGUCACCUGCGAGCCGGAGCUGGCGGGGCCGCGGCUCAGCUUCUACGAGGAGCUUGUCACUCACGGCAUCCUGAAGCCACUGACCGCUCCCGUGGAAGGAAUGGUGGUGAGAGAAGGCUCCCGCAAUUACGUGGCACCCCAGGGCAUCUCCUCGGUUGUCAAGUACUAUUUGGAGCAGUCAGGUGCAGACGUGUCCUAUGAGCGGCACGUAACUCACAUCUCUCUGCGGGAUGGCAGGUGGGAAGUCUCCAGGAAAGCUGGGCCCCCGGAGCAGUUUGAUGUGGUAAUUCUCACCAUGCCUGUACCACAGAUUCUCCAGCUGCAAGGUGACAUUGUGAACAUAAUUAAUGAAAGUCAAAAGCAGCAACUGGAAUCUGUGAGCUACUCAUCCCGCUACGCCCUGGGACUGUUUUAUGAGGCUGGCACAGGGAUUGGUGUCCCCUGGGCUGCUCGGUACAUCGCCGAUAAUCCCUGCGUCCGCUUCAUCUCCAUCGAUAACGAGAAGCGCAAUAUAGAGUCUCCUGACAUUGGGCCCUCAGUCGUGGUGCACACCACUGUGACCUUCGGAAGGCAGCACCUGGACUCAGACCCUGCAGAGGUGCAGCAGAUCAUCCUCAGCCACCUGCAGAAGAUUGUGCCCUCCCUGCCUAAACCCAGCAGCAUCAAGUGCCAGAGAUGGAGAUACUCCCAGGUUACAAGAGCUGUGCCCAGUUGUCCAGGACAGAUGAUUCUUCACACUCAGCCUCUCCUGAUCUGUGGGGGUGAUGGCUUCACUCGUUCCAACUUUGAUGGCUGCAUAGAAUCUGCCAUGAGCCUUGCAGAGGCUGUGAAGCCUCAUUUACAGCAAUUUCAAACUCAGGCUGCUAAAAUUCCUCUAGAUUUGUUAUGAAUUUUGCUGUGAUGGAUCGAAUUUGAGUUUAACAUCGACAUCAUCUUGCAAAAAACAAAUAAAGGAAGAUGUAUCGGGGCACUGGAAUAAUUAUUGGGAUGGAAUUAAAUUGAAUUUGCCAGGAUCUGUGCUCAGAGCGGUUACUUUGGUUAAAAUAAGACUUUCCCUGGCUGUAGGCAGAGGCACAGAGCUCCAGCACUCUUGCCAGGUCUCCUGAUACUUUUACAGCCCAUGAAAAUUAUGUCAAGGAGAGGAGCCUGACUUGAAGCAGCACAAAAAUCCAUGAAGCUGCAGGGCUUAUUCCUUGGAAAUGCUUUAUUUUCUCCUUGUCCUAGUGAUAGG